GUCCCGUCCGUGUCGGCUGUGUUGCUACUGCUACAUGGGCGACGGAUUGACGCUUAAUUCGUCGUUAACUAGCUGGCAAGCUAGCAAGCUAGGUCUAAUUGUGAUCUUUUUUUGUUCGAGCAGUGAAAUGCAAGUACCGCCCUGUGUCAUGCUCUUCCCAUGUUAGCUAGCUCGCUAGCUCAGUCUUUUGUCCGCAUUGUUUGUGUUGCUUUGCGUGGAGUUGGGCGAACAGAGCAGAGGCCUUGUUAUAAACAGACUCCGAGGAGAGGACACUCCUGCCGACAUGCCGCUCUUUGGUAAGUCCCACAAGAGUCCCACGGACAUCGUGAAAACUCUGAAGGACAACCUGGGCAUCCUGGUGAAGCAGGACAAGAAGACAGACAAGGCGUCAGAAGAGGUGUCCAAAUGUCUGGUGGCCAUGAAGGAGAUCCUGUACGGCACCAACGACAAAGAGCCGCACACGGAGACGGUGGCCCAGCUGGCCCAAGAGCUGUACAACAGCGGCCUGCUCAUCUCGCUGGUGGAGAACCUGCAGGUCAUCGACUUUGAGGGCAAGAAGGACGUGUGCCAGAUCUUCAACAACAUCCUGCGGAGGCAGAUUGGCACUCGCAGCCCCACUGUAGAGUACUUCUGCUCCCACCAGGAGGUGCUGUUCAUCCUGCUCAAAGGGUACGAGACGCCUCAGGUGGCCCUGAACUGCGGGAUCAUGCUGCGGGAGUGCAUCCGCCACGAGCCGCUGGCCAAGGUCGUCCUCCUCUCCGAGCACUUCCACGACUUCUUCAACUACGUGGAGAUGUCCACGUUCGACAUCGCCUCCGACGCCUUCGCCACUUUCAAGGACCUGCUCACAAGGCACAAGGUGUUGGUGGCCGAAUUCCUAGAACAGAACUACGAUACUGUGUUUGCAGACUAUGAGAAGCUGCUUCACUCUGAGAACUAUGUGACCAAGAGGCAGUCACUAAAGCUGCUGGGAGAGCUGCUGUUGGACAGACACAACUUCUCAGUGAUGACGCGUUACAUCAGCAAACCGGAGAACCUGAAGCUGAUGAUGAACCUCCUCAGAGACAAGAGCCCCAACAUCCAGUUUGAGGCCUUCCAUGUGUUCAAGGUGUUUGUUGCCAACCCCAACAAGACGCAGCCCAUUGUAGAUAUCCUCUUAAAGAACCAGACGAAGCUCAUUGACUUCCUGAGUAACUUCCAGAAGGACCGCACAGACGACGAGCAGUUCAACGACGAGAAGACCUACUUGAUCAAACAGAUACGAGACCUGAAGAAGCCCGCCUCCUAAAGCUUAGCCUAGCAAUCACGUCAACCUCCACUUUUUACUGAGCAAAACAAAACAGACAAAUAUAUUAACAACAAUAAUAAUAAUAAUAAUAUUAAUAACUCUAUUUAAAAUCUUGAAAAAAAAAAAACAUUUGUCUUUUUUUCUUAGUUACUUAUCAAGCUUGCAAAAAGUCUAGUCCUCAAUCACAGAAGGUCUCAUAAUUCCUUUCAUGAGAGUGCAUCCUUUUCCUCCUUAGUUUCGUGCCACAAAUAGGAUGUUUUUGGAAAACUGUAGGGGGUGACUGGUUGAUUUUCCAGGUGGGGAGGGGGGGGGGGUUACAGUAUCCUGUUCCCAGGGGGAAGAGCCAAGGGGGCGGACCGUAAGAGGCCAUCCUGCUUACUGUGUCUGAGGUCAUCAUUAGCUCUGCUUUACGCCCACCAUGUGCUACUGGGCGCCCCAUCUCUCACCCGUAGCACUCCUGAAGCCUGAGCUCUCCCCAAAGGCCCAGCUCUGCAGACCCUCCUGAGCUCUCCCCAAAGGCCCAGCUCUGCAGACCCUCCUGAGCUCUCCCCAAAGGCCCAGCUCUGCAGACCCACCUGAGCUCUCCCCAAAGGCCCAGCUCUGCAGACCCACACAGGGCUGUCGUGUACAUUACAUUUGUAGAGGACCCAGAUAUUGUAGUUAGUGAACGUGUAGGAAAGGGAGGCUACCCUCCACACUUAUUUAUACAGCUUUGCUCUCUCUCUUUCUUUCUUUCUUUCUCACUCUCUCUCUCUCUCACUCUCUUUCUUUCUUUCUCUCUUCCUCUCUCUGUUUCUGUCUUGUCUGGCUUUUGAGUUUGAGAGCUCACUUUUCAUAAUUGCAUUCCUUCUCAUGAUGUCUUUGUAUUUUUUUUUUUUCUUUUCACGUGUCACAGUAUUUGAAAGCUGCAGGCCUUUUGAUAAAAGCUUGGGUUUGAUCAAACACCAAAGGAUCACUGGCUGUCCCCAAGAGUUGAGAGAAGUCCGCGGGCUUCAGGCGCGAGUCCAAAAACUAUUAACCGUAAACAGGAAGGCGAAAAUGUGAAAUCUGUAAUAACGUUUUAAUCAAGGUUUGUUUGAAAUAAUUCUUAAUCAGUAGGUUUGACUGAGGACUAGUGUUUUUAAUUUUUUGAUCAUUAGUUCUUGAAUACGAAAUGGGCAAUACUGCCAAUAUCUUGGUGUUUGUAGGAUUCAGUGCAACAUUUAUCGCUGUACAUUUUUAAAACUUUGUUUUGAAGUUCACUUUUUUUGUUAAACAGGGCUGUAUCACAUUAUAUUUUGUAUUUUUAUUAUUAUUGCCAUGGCUACCUGUUGGGUGUCCACCAGCUGCGUUUUUGUUGCCAUGGUCACUUGUCAGGGGUCCAUCUGCUGGCUUGUAUGCUCUUGAGGGCUGGUGCCAUGACAAGUGCACUAGAAAGAUCCGAAGCACUUCCGGAAGUUUCCUUCUUCUGUUGCAGUGAGCUGUGAGCGCAAGGGGGGUGUUUUCAUGGCAGGCGUUUCUCACCAGUAGCCGUUAGCGAGCUUGUUUUUCUUUGAUCUCAUCCCGAUGUACGUAGUGAAAGAUGAGACACAGCGUUAACUCAGAGGGUUGCUGAAAACACAUCAAAAGUUGAGGACACGGACGUUAAAACAGGUGCCUUUUGUUUUCGUGUGCUUCUUGUCCAGCUCAUUAUUUUGUAUUUAAAAAAAAAAAAAUCAAGGGGGAGCUUAAUUCUCAUUAUUUUAUUAUUUUAAAAUAUGGUCUGAUGGAACAUAUUUGUCUUAAUUAAGCAAUGAACCUCUUUAACUCGCUAUAUUUGAGUUCUACUGUUGAUGAAGUACUUCACUCUCUCUCGUGUAAUUGCUGCAGUUUUGUGAUUGAGCGCAGUGGAGUAGUACCUGAUUGACCCUGUAGGGUAGGAGUCGAGGAGCUGUCCAACUCCUCGCCACCAUGAUGAAAUUUGACUUGCCAAUUGGUAGGGAAGGGCUGUGGGGGUGUGGGGGUGCCGGGGGUUUUGUAUUACAGUGAACCAUACUAACAUGACCCAACACAAUUUGGAUUUGAGAAUAACUCUGAUGGUUGGUCUCUCAAUGAAGGAGUGGCGUAUGGUGGAUCUGUGGUGGUGGUGAUGAUGUGGAAACCCGUUCCACAGUGUUCUGAAACCAGCUUGUUUUAACAUGCAGCCACUGUUUUGAUUGCCAAAUAUUUACUUUGAUUAAAAAAAAAAAAACUAUUUUGUUGGCAAAAUACUGCUAUUGUAUUUACCAAGUUCUCACUUUCUUUGCAUAAUUUAUUGGCAUUCCACAGUCAGGAUGGUUCAGGUUCCUCAGUGUUGUACUGCUUGGUUUGAGAAGGCUGACGUCAGGCUCACACUACCAGAGUCUGAGCCAGGAACAAGUGGAUUUAUUUUUAUUUUUCUGACAAAAAAAAAAAAAGAAAAGUUCAACCAUGAGAACAAAAACCAAAAGUAAUCAGUUCAGAAUCUCCCAUAUCUAGAAUGGAUCAUCAUUUCAAGAUCACAUGGUUGCAUUUGUUUCCACUUUGAAAGAAAUUGUAAAACAUCACCAAUAAAGGAAAUCCAAUGCAUCA